UCUCCUUCUGUCUGUCUUCCUCGUCUCCCCUCUAGAACAGCAUCUUAGGUUUCAACCCUUGAAUUAUAACCGUGUCAGUACAUGCUCCAGCCUACUCUGAAUGCAGCAGGGAAAUGAUUGAUAUGGGACUAGAUUAGUCCUCUUCAGGAUUGUGAGGCCUCCUCUCUGAGAGUUAUAAUGAGUCAUCAGGGGGCUGAGGGUGGUGACAUCCCUAAAGAAAGACAGAAGGAUGGGUCAACAAACAAGGAUCUUGAUGAGACCAUGGACCCUGAUAUGAGGGGCCAAUCAGAGAGAGCAGAGUCUAUUUCCUCUGGUUUUCUAUCAAUGAAGACUGACAAAUCUAUGGAUUACCCUGUUCAUUUCAAAGGAGAAGACUCUCUACGAAACAAAGGGCCAGUAGAUGUAUCCUGUGAUAUCUGCUCUGAGGUCCAAGCUGUGAAGUUCUGUCAGUCCUGCAGUGUGUCCUACUGUGAGACCCACAUCAGACAGCACUAUAUAAUACCUAAACUACAGAAACACACGCUGGUGGAUGUGACUGGAGACCUGGUGCAGAAACUCUGUCAACAUGACUACAGUCCUCUGGAGGUGUUCUGCAGGACAGACCAGAUGCUGAUCUGCAGUCAGUGUGCAGAGACAAACCACAAAGGACAUGAUACCACCAUCCUUGAGAUAAAGAAAGCAGGAAGACAGCAUAAGAGUUUUGAUGGAGACCAGCACACAGCGCUGUCCUCAGAUGAUGUGCUGCCCCCUCCUGGUGACAUCCAGGUCCUGUUGCCGACGUCAGACUCUGUGUCUCUGAGCUGGAGUUCUCCUCAGGGGGGUUAA